AUGUCAUUUGUCGGUGGAUCAGAGUGUAGUGUCAAUAAUAACGUUGUUAAUCAAUUUAAUAAACAUGCUCAACAAGAUAGAUCAUUACAGCAACAAUCAGCACAUCAACAUAAUAUUCAACAAAAUGGUGGGUUUAAAAGAGAAAACUUGAUGAAUACAAGAGAUAGACAAAACCUUGAACAAUUUAUGAAUAACUCACCAAAUGAUUCAUUCCAAUUUCAACCUAUGAGACAUGAGUUAAAUUCAAUACAGAAAAGUCAUUCACCUAUCCCUCAGCAACAAAUAAUAAAUCAACAACCUAUAAAUCAACAGCCAAUAUCUAACAAUUUGGGAUGGGCUAAUGAAUUUCAAACAUCAAGUAGUCCUCAACAACAUCAACAACCACAACAUGCUAAUCAACAACAUUAUCAACAAUCUGGAAUCCAACAACAAUAUAUGCCAAGAUUAUCUGCUUAUCGUCCAAUGAUGGGUAUGACUUCAAUGUACUCUCCUAUGUCUCAACAACAACAACAACCACAACAACAUCAAUCAUUAGCAAAAGAAGAAACUCAAGUUGAUUGGGAUAAUCAAUUUAAAGAAAUUGAACAAUUAACUACAGAAACAGAUAAAGUUGAAGAAAUUCAAAGAGAAGGGUCACCAGAAAUUGUCAUUGAUGAUAAAUAUCAAGCUACAUUUCAAGAAGUUUGGGAUGGUUUAAAUUCAGAAGCAUUAGAAAAUGAUUUAAUUGAGCAGCAGUAUGAAGAAUUUAAACAUACUCAAAGAGAUACAUUCCCAGCUGAUAUGAAUCAAUGGGAGCGUGAUUUUGCAAGAUAUGCUUCAACAAGAGCUCAUUUUGGUGAUUAUCAAUUUGAAGAAGCUCAAAAUAAUCAAUUUAUGGAUAUUGAUGAUCCUUAUACUAUUGGCAUACAAUUAAUGGAAAGUGGUGCUAAAUUGUCAGAAGCUGCUUUGGCAUUUGAAGCUGCAAUACAAAAGAAUGAACAACAUAUCGAUGCAUGGUUAAAAUUAGGCGAAGUACAAACACAAAAUGAAAAAGAAAUUGCUGGUAUAAGUGCUUUAGAAAAAUGUUUAGAAUUACAUCCUGAAAAUUCAGAAGCUUUAAUGAAUUUAGCUAUAAGUUAUAUUAAUGAAGGUUAUGAUAAUGCUGCAUUUGCUACUUUAGAAAGAUGGAUAUCUACUAAAUACCCACAGAUUGCAGAAAAGGCAAGAUUAGAAAAUCCAACAAUUACAGAUGAAGAUAGAUUUUCAUUAAAUAAAAGAGUUACUGAAUUAUUUAUGAAUGCCGCACAAUUAUCACCAGAUCAAGCAAAUAUGGAUCCUGACGUUCAAAUGGGUUUAGGUGUUUUAUUCUAUGCAAAUGAAGAUUUUGAUAAAACAAUUGAUUGUUUCAAAGCUGCAUUGUCUAUAAAACCAGACGAUCCUAUAUUAUGGAAUAGAUUAGGUGCUUCGUUAGCAAAUUCAAAUCGAUCAGAGGAAGCUGUUGAAGCAUAUUUCAAAGCUUUACAAUUAAAACCAACAUUUGUAAGAGCUAGAUAUAAUUUAGGUGUUUCAUGUAUAAAUAUAGGAUGUUAUAAAGAGGCCGCUCAACAUUUAUUAAGUGGAUUGAGUUUACAUGAAGUUGAUGGUGUAGAUCAAGAUUCAUCAUUAAAUCAUAAUCAAAGUACAAGUUUAACAGAAACAUUGAAACGCGCAUUUAUAGCACUUUCAAGAAGAGAUUUAGUUGAUAAAGUUAAACCAAAUAUGGAUUUAAAUCAAUUUAGAGGUGAAUUUGAUUUUUAG